GCAGAGUUUGGUCUCUCCUGGUGACCAUAGUUUGGCUCACAUUCAGAAAUGCUGCAAUAUGUGACUGCGCCCUUGAACAGGCCGCGGCUAGACAAGCAGCAAGAGGCUUCACACUGAGUACAACCUCCACCAUGAAUCGCCUACUGAAGCUACCCCGGCUGGCUACCAGCGCCUUCAGCACAACAACCAAACAGAUGAAGAACAAGGUGCCAGAUCAUCAGAAGCUAUUCCAGGCGGACAACGGCUUGCCAGUCCACAUCAAGGGAGGGACCACUGAUGUCCUUCUCUACCGUCUAACAAUGUCCAUCACCCUCGCAGGCACCGGAUACUGCUUAUUCUGGAUUCUAUGUGCCUGUCAGCCUAAGGGCAAAUGAGGAAGCCCUGCUAAUGCAUGUGUUUAUUGUUUAAAUCAAUUCCACUUUAUGAACUUCUUCUAAUGUCAUGGUACAAUUUCUGUACAGAAUAAAUCUCUCCAUUAUG